UCCAUCGGACAGCAGAGACACGGUGAAGGAAGGAGAACCAGGGGCACCAGCCGAGCUGCAGACCGCCACCACGACAUCCUGGACCAUCUUCCCCGGUGAAUGUGUAUGAUCCUCCUGGUGUAUUCUGAGGGAGACACCGCACAGCUCAAAGACCUGCCACACAUUAUAACAGAUAGAACAUCAGUGUGAGAGCAUCAGUAAGGAUGGUGACCGUGGCGACCCCCGAGGCUCCCGUCCCUCUCACAGCUCUGUCCCGCUGGUACCUCUACGCCAUCCACGGCUACUUCUGCGAGGUCAUGUUCACCGCCGCCUGGGAGUUUGUGGUCAACUGCAACUGGAAGUUCCCGGGCGUGACCAGCGUGUGGGCGCUCUUCAUCUACGGCACCUGCAUCCUCAUCGUGGAGCAGAUGUACCUGCAGCUACGCGGCCGCUGCCCCGUGCUGCUGCGCUGCGUCAUCUACACCUUAUGGACGUACAUUUGGGAGUUUGGCACGGGGCUGCUGCUGCGACAGUUCAACGCCUGUCCAUGGGACUACUCCGAGUUUCGCUACAACUUCAAGGGACUGAUCACGGCUGAGUAUGCAGUGCCCUGGUUCUGCGCCUCCUUCAUCGUGGAGCGCUUUGUCAUCCACAAAACGCUGCGGCUGCGGUUCCACGAGGGGCCCGAGGACGGCUGGUCAGGUGGAGGUGGAGGGAGGAGGAGCUUAGGGACGGAAUAUGAUGCUAAUGGUCACUUUAAAGGAGAAUGAAUGAAGGAUUAACACAAUCUGAUCGCCUCACCCACUAACUGUGAGGGGUGAAGACACACACAGCUGUGUACACUGGGCUGGUGUGCAGAGGUGUGUCAGAACAGACAGAAAACGAAAUCACUCCUCGUGCUCUCUGCUGUCCACAGAGACACAAUAACUCCAUGCUGCUGCAUCUCAUAACCAACACACGCAUUUUCAUGUGGGGUCGACCUUAGGGAGAUCAAGGUCUUAAAUGACCCGGAUUACACACUUACAAUAUCUCCUGUCCCACAGACUGCAAAGACCUCUAAAUAAAAAACAAACAGUUGUUUAGUGUUAUCAUCCGGGGAGGAAGUUAAUUCAAGAGCAAUACUUGUUUUUCAAGGGGACAUCAUUUUAUCUGAAAGCAGAAUGCUUGCUGCGUAGAAAUCCUCAUAAAAAGUAGCUACAGCUGUAACACGUUAUUUUUAAAAUGUACAUAUUGUCCUUUAGUAUUAUUCAAAGUACUGUAGUAAUGUAGCUACACAAUGCUCUAUAAGAACAAACCCACCAUCCUCGUGUGUCAUGAAGAAUGUUUUAGUGAAUAACGACAAUGCCUCGGAAAAAAAUGCAUGAAAAAAGAUGUCUUCCAAUAUAAUAUACAUUUUUAGAAUGCUCAUUCAGCUGUG